CACCAUUUUUGUUCCCCCGUGUCCUGCGCUCUUUUGCUUUCACUCCAAAUGCGCAUGCGUCGGCGUGCACCGGCUUCCUUUCCUAUCGAGUCACGACAAUUCGUGCUUCUUAAAUACAUUUAAGACUCCAGUCUCGGUUCAUCAUGGACUGCUGCACGCCCCAGCCUCCACGACGCCACAACCCGGUGGACAGCAUCUGCCGCAAACUGCAGACCAUCCAGUGGCGCGGUGACCGGGAGCCCAAUUCGCCCUUCCAGAUCCCCAAGCUCUCCUCCAGCAGUUACGACAGCCCCCAAUGCGGCCUCGGGCUCACCCUUGGCGCCAUCUUGAAGAGAGGGCCCCAGGAACGAAAGGAGCGAGGCGACAGAAAGCCGGACUGUGCGCCUUCCCAGAAGAGCAACAUGGGCCCGUCCGUCCUGCCGUCCGCUUCGGGCAACACCCCGACCCCAGCGAACAUCACGUACACCAUCUCGAGUAACCUCGGGGAGAGGAGAGGUGUCGAUCGAAGCGAUCUGAAACAAUUUAAAACCUGGCAGAGUUACUCCUCCACCCCCACGAGCCAGCCCAAAGACUCCCCGUACUUCACGUUCACACGAGGCGGACCCGAGCCGACGCAUCCUGAGAGCAGAAGCGGGCCGAGCGGGAGCCCCGUGCGCUCUCGCGCCUUCACCCCGAUCGGCAGCACCGUCUCUUACAACCUCAACUUCAACUUCUCUGCCGGCACGGGGGGCUCCGCGGAGGGGGAGCCGCCGUGCCCGGCUCUGGUUGUCAAAAGACUGUCGCCGGGAGAUGGAGGGAACACGCCGGACUGCGAGAGCAACAACAUGGCUGAAGUCAGCCUCAUCUGCGAGGAGAAUCUCCUCGACACCAUCUUCCACGCUUGCGACACGCAGCGCCGAGGCAAGGUCUACGUGUCUCACAUUGUGGACUACUUGCGGCACACGACCAGCCGCGCCCCGGAGGACAGCGGCCUGGAGGAGCUCUGCAACAUGCUGGACCCCGAGCGCAAAGACGUCUCCAUCGACCUGGACACUUACCACGCCGUCAUGAAGGAGUGGAUUGAAGACUGCCGCAGCAACGGGGAAGAGUCGCAAGGAUGCGUGUGCCAGGACUCGGUUAAACUAAGAGACUGCCUUUCAGUCAGGAGGUCCAUGUUGCUUAACAUGACCUCGGGAAGCUUGGAGGGCUUUGGAGGGGACGUGUCGAAAGCAGAAUUCGAAACGUCAGAGCUGGUGAACUGCCUUGCCGACCUCCAGAUGAGCAACCAAAAGCUCCAGGAGGAAGUGAAGAAGCUGAAACAAGCGAUGGAAGGAAUGGAAGAGGGCAACCAGAAGCUGGCCGACGAGAACGAGGAGCUGCGCAGCCAGACCAGAGCUCACCUGCAGCUGCUCCACAAAGAGAAGAUGCUGCACGACGAAGUGGAAGAAAUGAAGGCCACGCUGAGCUGCACGGAGGAAGGAAGAGCUCGCGCCUCCGCGCGCAGCAAACACGUGGAGAAGGAAAACCAAAAUCUCAAGGCCAAGAUUGCUUCUCUUGAGGACGAGAACUUCAAAGUCAACCUGGAGAUGGACGAGCUUCAGAAGAGAAUUGCGGAGCUGUGUGACAUCAACGCUGACCUUCAGGUGCAGAUUCACUCUUUCGAUACCGUCCUCACUGAAAAGGAAUCGCUCAUACAAGAGAGGAGCAGACAGAUUGACGAGCUAAAGACGACUGUGGAAGAAUACUCCUCCAUUACGGAGUUACUCAGGGCUGACAAGAGCAAACUGGAGAACCACAUGCAAAUGUUUCAUCCAGACCUUUCUGGCGCUGGAGUGUCUCUUUCGGUCGCCUACAGGUUGAACCAGAGCACUUCGGGAUCCCUGCAAUCAGAACUGGCCCUGGCUCAGUCACCACCUGAACCCGUGCAUAGGGUUGAGCCUUUGGCCAUCAAUGUGUGUUCCACCUCACCACUGGAUGAGACUCUGGACCGAGAGGUGCUGCUGAUGAUGCAUGGACCGAGCCCAGAACUCAUGGCUCAGGAGUUCAAGAAACUCCUGAACAGAAUGAAGUCUGAUUUCAGAAACGAAACCACCACCGUCCUGUCUACAAUGAAAACGUUACUAGAUGACCACUCAAAACCCGAGCUCGACGCCGACACCAGUCUUGAGGCGGUGCAGGCCGCGCUGGACGCGACAAGAGAAGACUGGGCCCUUAGCCUGGACCAGCUAGCCCAGUACACCGACUCCAUCGAGAAGGAACUGGUUAAAAUGGCCAGUAAUAUGAGGAGGUCCCGGACUGAGAUCUUGCACCUGUCAGUCAGGGUGCAGGAUCAAGAGAACCAGAAGCGGCAGCUCUGUGAGGAACUAGAGCAGCUCAAGACUCCUCAAGACAGCAGAGAAGCCUCGUGCCAGACACCAGCACCAGAAGAAGAGACUGGAGAUGACCUGGAAUGGGAUGAGGAAUGCGCCCUUCAAGACUUCCUGAAAAGCGAAACGGCGGGGAGCAACUGCCCAGGGCAGGACGGGCUGACGGAGUCCCCACAGACGCAGGACGGGGACGAGAGGUGGACGGUGGUGAACGGCACGGGCGAGGGAGAAGUGAGGGACACGUCCACUCCCGUGUCGGCCAAGCCCGAAGAUUCCCAGGACGGACCGUGGACAGGCCAAGAAUCUCUGGAGCCGCAGGUGAACCUCCGUUGUUUGCAGAACGAGGCAGUUGUACCGUCGGACGCCCACUCACAAGCUGCCAGCCCCGAGCGCCCAGCGGCGGACGCCUCGCUUGAUCCGUCCCACUCAGACAGCCGCGAGACACAUGAGACCACAGAGUCUGAGUCCUUGUCUGAUCGGGAUCCAACCACGAUGUCCACUCCAACCAACAAUGCACCAGCCGACGAGGUCGCUCCUCCGAAUGAGAGCAUCUCACUGACCGGCGAGGACCGCCAGGCGGACGACAAAGAGGGCGACGCGAGCGGCACGGCGAGCCUGAUUCUGGACCAGUCUGGAUCGAGAUCAGCAGCACAGGACGCCACUAGUCUGCUUCCCGUCUUGGUUGAGGAGGAGGAGAGCGCUACCACAGAGGCCGACAUGGCAGGGACGGAGCAGCCCGGCGGUGUCGUCGCAACCACCUUGAGCGACUGUCAGCAGUCAAGCGUGACCUUGGCACAGAACGGCCAAUCAGAGAGUCGCGCGGCGUCUGAUCCAAAUCAAUUGCAGAACAAAAAAGACUCCAAUGGGAUCAAUAAGAAAGAACUGGAGUCACAAGGCACGGAAACCACUGAAGCACCAAAGGUGGAGGAGGCCCAACCUGAGACUUGUGCAACCACUGAGAAAAAACCUGAGCCAUCUACCAUCUCUGACCACAAUGAUAGAGAAGAUAAGAACAGUAGCCUAUCAGCUAACGACAAGGAGAUCGAGACGGAGUUCCAGCGUCUAGCGCUGGGUUUCAAGUGCGACAUGUUUACCUUGGAGAAGAGGCUGCGGCUGGAGGAGCGGUCGCGCGACCUCGCCGAGGAGAACGUCCGCAGGGAGGUGUCCAGCUGCCAGGGCCUGCUGCAGGCUCUGACUCCUCUAUGCGAGGAUGACAACCAGUCAAUGGAGAUCAUCCACAGGCUCCAGAAGAAUCUGGAUAUCCUCAUCCAGUCCAUGACCCGGGUGUCAAGUCGCUCCGAGAUGCUCGGAGCCAUCCAUCAGGAAAGCCGCAUCGGUAAGGCGGUGGAGGUUAUGAUUCAGCACGUGGAGAACCUGAGGAGGGUGUACACCAAGGAGCACGCCGAGCUGCUGGAGCUCCGGGAGACGCUCAUGCAGAACGAGAGGUCGUUUGGCUCGCACUCCGACAGAGAUGAAUUCCGUGGCAAGAAGCCAUCCACGUCGCAAUACUACAAGUCAUCAGCCCGGCGGGUUAGCAUAGCAGCAAUCCCACGCUCUGGCGGAGGCAACAUACACUAUGACAUGACCAAACAACACAACGGUGCGGAAAGUGAAGCCGAAAGACUCAACAGGAGAUCUCCGUGGAACGUGGCGGGGAAGAACACGGCACGCCCCCCACUUAAACGCUUUGUUAGCUCCGCCGCCUGGGUUGACACUGAAGAGUCCUCGGUCGUGAUGAAGGGGACGCCCCGCCACAACUCGGACCCCCAGCCGGCCGACGAGCCGGAGGAGCCCGUGCCGGAGAGGAGGCGGUCCAGUCUCAGUGAGCUGGGCAGCAAGCUCACCUCCCUCAUUCUGCCUCUCAAGACGAGUCAGGAUGAGCUCUUCGUCAUGCUUCCGAGCUUCUCAUCCAGCCCGGCGUCUUCCGACCAAGGACUGUCCCAGUCUUUGUCCCAUAGCUUGACAUCCACACGGUCAACGGCGGCCGCGGUGGCUCGAGGCGGCAGGGCGCUCUGGCUUUGGUUGGCCAUGGUGCUGCUCCUUGCAGGUCUCCUGGCCCUGUUGGCCAGCCUUGUGAUGCAGCCAGCUGUGGACGCUGCCCCGGUAGGCACCGGAGACUCCUGGAUGACCAUCCAGCAGCUGCUCUGGCCUUACACGGGCCUGCGGCACAACGGACAGCCCCCGGUUUAGCUCCCAAUUUUGGACCUGGGGUUAAGAUGGUGCUACAGCCGUCGGCCUUCUCCGGAUUUGCCCGUGCGCUUAGGAAGGCUGGUGAGCCACACUGAGGUGGGAAGGGGGAAGGGGGGGACUGUCAAAAUUCCUCAGCCAGACUUGGAGGAGUGUUUCGCCCCGACUGUGAAAAUUUCACCCAUCACGUUUGCCGAGCUGGUCUGGGUCUCCGCAUAAAUUCGACUGUGGGACUAACUCCAUUUCGCGGCUGGGAGGGGGGCGUGCUUCGCUUUCAAUCAGUACUUGCCUGCGACCUGGAUCCUUAAAGCUUCCAUGUUUUGAAUGCACCUCCUCUGAACCUUCCCACAAUGCAUUGUUCACAAACCGCUUUUUAAACCCAUUUAAUGCACUUGAAGGUCACCGUUUUAUUUAUGCCCUUGCCAGGUGUUUUAUAACUUUUUAAAGCGGAUCACCGCUGGUCAUAAAACAUUGAAGUGUUUUUAAAACUAUAUUUAUGACGACUUUUUGAGAGUGCUAUAUGAAUUUAACUGUGACAGUCUUGACACCAAAGUUAUUCUUCUCCCCCUUUUUGCUGUGGUUGUCACCGGAUUGAAAUCUUUUUGUAUGCUGCAAAGAUGUUUUGAAAUUUUGCAUAAAUAAAG